AUGGAGGUGGGGAUUAAGAGAUGGUAUAAUGAUGUCAGAAAAUGGGGGAGAGGAAAUUCCGCAGAGGAAUGCAAAGAAACAUUUGAGAGUCUACAAGACUUAUUAAGUUUUCUGAAGAAACUUGAGGUGGAACUUCACAAAGUGGUAUGGAAGAGCUGUAGCCAAAGUUUUUUCUUGGCUGUUGGGGUGAGGUUGGGCUGGGGGGGGCGGAAUCAAGUUGGGAUCCCAUCUGCAACAGUUUUUCUCUGUUUUGUAUACUCAGGAUUUUCUCCACUCCAACCCAACACUAGCUCUCAGGAUUCAAAGUAGUGAUAAAGGGCCCCCAGUAAACCAGUGGCCAUAUCAGUGUCUUUCUAGAACUUCAGAACAUCCUGUUGUGUUACUAUGGAUUAUUAUUUUUUCAUGCCAGAAGAGAGCCAUUGGUAGCUUGAGUUCACUUUCCCUUUUAGUCUCUAAUUACUGAAUUAGUGUGUCAUACCAUGGUGAAGAGUAGCUACAUGAAACUAAAAGGAACUGGUGUACAGUUUAUAUGUAUUUUAAAUAUGAUAGUUUAAUAUCUAGCUUUAAUCUUAGUUCUCACUGUAGUCACUUUGCAUGAGGUGAUUGUUUCUUAAAAAAUGAGCCUGUCUUGUUGUUAAGUUUUGAAUAACUGGUUGAUUCCUGAAGAAAAAAAAACAAUCAGAUUAUUUGCCCUCUUUGCAGAAAGGUGACCCAAAUGUGAUGUUAAAGAAAUUUCCAAGUGUGGGGAAACUUCUUGGACAGCUAUAUGAGAACAAUGUUGUUUUAUUGUCAGGUAAAUGAGAUAAAGGGUAAUUAAAUCUUUGAUGUUUUCAGGCAAAAAAUGCAAUCCUGACCCAUUAAUGAUUUUACAGGUAAUCAACUGUCUGGGAAAGAAUUAUCUCUUCCUCAAUCACUGAGCCAGGCUUUUAGAUAUCAUCACUGAAAUAGCAAAUAUGUUUUGAAUGAUUCAACUGCUAUGGAUCAGCAGUUACCUUACAACAUCUCAUAGUACAGGAGGUAGCCUUGAAAAAUACUGUAAGUUCUAGGUGAUAAAAAAAACCAUCACUCUAGUGAAGAUCAAACCAGAAUGGUCAUCAAGUUAGGAAUAUUUUUAUUUCGGGUCUUAUCUGUAAAAUAAAGUCAAACUUAACAGCAAAACAAUAAAGUAUCUAGGAAAAUAGCAGGGAAUCUCUUUGCCUUUUCACUGUAGAUGCAUUACAUUGUUACAGAGUGAUGUGAACCAGGGUUAAGGGGUCCUUACAGUAUAAGAUGGUGUCUCCUGAUUGCAGCUAAGUGAGAUGUUGUGGCAUGAUUUGUUUAUUUUUCUUACCUAGAUGAAGUGUUUCAAAUUGUGGUGAGAUGCAGUUUACUUUUGUCAAACUGCUCUGCAGUACAAGAAAAGAAUCUUAACAAAAAAGCAAAGAGUUGGGUACAAACUCAACUGAGACGUGCAACCACACCCAUUCUUAAAAAUAGUAUAUUGCACCACAUUGGAGAAUUUUGGGGCUACACAGCUCAAGAAUCCUUAGAAAUAAUGUUGAAAAAGGUAAUUUAGAUUGUAAAAUAUUAGUUCAAAUAAUUUUUCUCAUAUUAUCUGAAGUCAUUUACUCAUUUGUUUCCUUCUUUCAGUAAUAAGGUUGGCCUUGAAGUGGAGAAUUCAAUUUAUCAAUCAAUCUGUUAUCACACUCCUGCUUCACACCAAGUGGUGCAUAAGGCCUCUUAGUCUGCCACCUGCUAGCUUUGUUUUCUGUGCUAUCUACACCCAGUUCCAGGCCCAACAAGUCUGUUAUGGGGUUAAAUAUCACUCUUGUUUGACUUGUAGACCAAAGAUAAUAUGUGUACCACAUUCAUUCUCUUACUUUCCUUUAUUUUAAAACUCUUCCUCCAGUUGGUGUCAUCGAUGUGUCAUGAUUUAGAAGUAUUACAAGGCUUCUUUUGGAAUGAAGAAGAAAGGUAUGUGACCACCAAGAAAUUGUUCAUGCCACGGAUUCAUUGGAUAGAAAACUGAAAUGUCGAUGGAUAGCCAUUAGGACAUGCUUGAAUCUGGAAUAAGGGUCGGUGUUUGAGCUGAGGCCUUGCACAGUGUUAAUUACUGCAUUGUGUUCUUGCCAAAGCACCUUUUCUCUUACAGGUGCACUCUUUAAGAAAGAAUAUAAAUGGUAACAAUAAAUUUUCAGAGAGGUCAGACAAAAUUCUUGGUGGGUAACCUGCAAUGUACCAGUUUCUUGCCCAGUAUGAAAGGUCACUGGGAUAACCUUUGACGCAUUCACAGAAGGCAGCCUUGUAUUCAGACUUCAGCUCUUCAUUCAGUGACUGGCCACAUAAGAUAGACAGCAAAUUCUUAUUGUAAUAUUAGUAAAAGAGACCUGCCAUUUCAAUAUAAUUCUUGCAUGGGGCUAAGUGUGCACUAGUCACUUUGAAUAUCUUAAAUAUGACUGAACAGUUUUCUGCUGUUUGUUUACCUCUAAUCAGUACUCUUGCCUUAUUUUUUUCAUCCACUUUAGAGAAUUUUAUCCUCAGAAACCAAUAUCAGGACUAUGCUUAAAGGAACUAUCUGAAUUUUGCCUGCCUCUGAUAACUAUACCACAAGCAAAACCUUUGGUAUGAUUUGACAUAAUUUAAUAACUAUUCUUGUUUGACCAUAAGCUGCAUCUCUAAGCCAUCAAGUGAACCCUUUACGCCCUAACAUCAGUACAUAAUUCUUUAAACUGUUCACUUUACAUUUCCUGAGGUGCUGAUAAGGAGAAUUUUUGGAUCAAUAUCAGUAUCUGGGCAACUGCUCACCUACCCCUCCCCUAACCCAACAUUAACCUUAACUUGUUGUCAAUUGACUGUUGUUGAGUUAGGGGAGGGGUAGGUGGGCAGUUGCCCAGAUACUGAUAUUGAUCCGAAUUUUUUCAACAAUUACAAGCAUCUUAUUUAAUAUAUAACAUUGUAGGGAGAAAUUAGAUGCUAAUCGCUCUUAGGGGUCAAAGGGUCAAGCAUUGUUUUGUCCUCUUACUUGUGGAAUACAACUUUCUUGAUCAGCAUGUUCCUGUUACAAUUUGAUAAUUUUUACUUUGUCUAUUUUAGGUGGAAAAGAUUCUUUGCAGCCAAAAAAGCUUGGAUUUGGUGAAAAGGUAAAUAAUUUUUGUAAAGAGUCACGAGGAACAGUAUUGUAUUUGUUACAUAAAUAACUGCUAUUUCUGAAUUAUCAGUUGUAAAAAUUUUUAACUGGUACCUCUGAUAAGAGAAAAGUAAUUUGCCAUGGCCCAAAAAUAAGAAUUAAGUACAUACUUUGUAGGGGUGUUUUCCAAAUUUUCAUUCAAGUCUUACAAACCUCAUAAAGUAACAUGAAGGAAGAAGGAAGGGUGGAUUUAACUUUCACCAUAUUUUACAGUUGUCACUACGAAGGUUUCCUUGUCUCGGAAAGUGUCCCGCAAGUGCUUUUGCAUGCUGUCUCUCUCAACAAAGGUGGGUUUAAUAUCUUUUAAAAUAAUCAAAGAUCUGACCAGUUUGACUAUUUAGGGACAUAUACACAUAUAAUUAUUCACAUAUAAACAUAUGCACUUAAACACAUACACACAGAGAAAAACAACAUCAUGAAAACGUGGAAAUAUAUAACAAAAGAACGAAGAAAAUCAAACAACUAGUUUCCAUAUUCAACGAUGGCGCUCCAAAUUUAUCGCCCUUCAUAACCUUUUUAAUUCCUCUAUGCAUAACACUGCCACCUUGCAUCCUAACAUCCUAACUUGUUUCACGGUUUGUCGGUUGUUUUUUUUUAGGGCUGUUUUUAUCAUAUGAUGCGCAAGUUAGUCUGUGGAAAAGGCACCAACCCAGCUUUGAAUCAGAGGUACUCGAACAAUCACAUUAAUAAGUUGUUAGACUGCUUUUCGAUUGAGGUAUAUUUAAGCAAUGCGCCGCAUUUUAUAUUAAUGUAUUGGCGCAAUAACCAACGUGGGUUAGUACUACUAAAGCUUUUAACUCACGAUCCGAAGGUGAUUGAUGUACAAACUUUUGUAGUACAGUUUAUUUGACCAAUCAGAGCGUGGGUAGGGUCUCAGCUAAUUUAUCCAAUCACACGAAACAAUUUGAUUCUAAACGUCCUUGUGCGCGUGAAAACGCAAGAAACUGCCACGACGGUCAUGAUGAUGCUUUUGGAUGAUAUUUAAUCAGUACUCUAGAGUGGAGGGGGACAAGGGGGCGGGAACCCGGGAGAACUGGGGGCGGGAGAGAGGGGGAAGCGGGAUCUAUCUGAGGGCGGAAAGCGGGAGCAGAAAUCAAAAAGGCACUUGUUUGUUGUUUAUUACUGCUUAUCAUCCAGUCAAAAACCAGUUCCCAGCAAAGUUUUUUGACUUCCAUUUAACGUCUACCGAGGCGUAAAAUAAAAUUUUACAAGCGAGAAAAGGUAAUUUUUUCCUAAGGUUAAAAAGAACCGCAUGAUACUGGUGAAAUUGGAUACCUAUCGAAGUCGAUUGCGUGAUAGGUCUUGUUAGCGUCUCGCGAGCUCUGAUAGUCGAAAUUCUCGAAGCGAACAAAACGCAGUCUGCGCGGUCUGCAGACUGCAUUUUAUCAUGACCAAUGUCACGAUCGGUUUUAGUUUUGUACCGUAAUGGUUGAUAGAGUGACGUGGAUUUCUUAUCGCAUCCGAUUGGCUAAUCCGGGGCCAUCAAUGAAGGAUGGGAACUGUUCGUGGUCCAAGUGAAGAAAUUAUCGAAGGAAAGCCGGAGAAAUUCAGGUUUCAACGAAAUUCGAACCCGUGACUCUAAUAUCUACGCUACUAACAACUGAGUUACGAAGCCACAUUUUGGAAGCUCGGCAAACCCGCCGGGUUCUUCGUUCCCCUAAAAGAAUGUGAUCAUAAGUUUAAUACAAUAAAUCAUAUUUAGAUUUGGGAGUGAAAUUCAAGUGAAGUAAUCAUCCUCACAGGCAAGCUACAAUUUUUAUAUGUCCUUAAGCGAGGCGUCGUUGCUCAUUUCGUGGCCACGUAACGCCCAACUGGUAUUUGGAAGGCACGGGUUUGAAUCCUGUUGAAGUCCGAAUAAUUUUUCAGGCUUCUUUACUGCAUCUGCUUAAAUUGCAGCGCACCUGCGACGAUUGUAUCUUCUCUCAGUUUAAUUUCACCCGCAGUUCAUCAUAUGAUUUACUUUAUGAAAAUUGCGUUCGUUAUGCAUGGUCGCCUGUAGAUUGUUCGUGGGGUGACUUUUCGUACGUUAUUCACCGUUUUGUUUUAAGUUGUACGGAUUAUUUUUGCUGAAGAAAUAAUCACGAAAUUCAUUGACGAACGUUAGAUGAAGAACCGAAAAAAUACAUUUAUCUUAACCUCAGCUGAUCUCAAACGUUGUGCUUAAAUAAGGGAGAAUGCCAUGUUUAAACAAAAAUUGUGCGAACAAAGAAGAAACAAGUUAGUUUAUGAAAUAUCGCCAAGCUAUCAGUAGAGGGCUAACUGACCGGAAACGUCAAUGAAAAAAAGAAAGGUCUCAAAGAGAAAACGCAACCAUGACUCUUUUGUGAUCUUAUGGCGCAGGAAAGAUAAAUAUGAUUAAAUGUUAAUUUGCCAAUUUGGGUAUAUUUGUCAAUUUGCUAAUUUGGGCAUAUGUCAUUUGAGAUCUGAAACAAUAGACGGUCAUCAAAGUAAGCAGAGCGAAAGUAGAAUGUGUGGAACAUUUCAUUAUUUUACUCCAUAACUCAUCAUACUUUCGCAAUGAGACACAGAAAGAUUCUAUUUGUGUUCAUUUUUCUGGUAGCUACGAUGUGUCUUCUGAUGAUGUCCUUAAUACAGACUGAUUCCAAGCUCACACUUUCCCCUACAAAUAAGUGUGUUGUGAUUGUCGAUCGCGAAGACAUUGUGUAUCCAUACCAUGGUAAUCGGUUUGGAAAACACUGUCUUGUUGCACUGGAUUGGGGAGAAAUGUGCCCUGAGUUGUACACAGAAUUAGGAGGAAAAUGUAACUUGAUCGACGGUACAAUUCAAUGUCCUGAUAUUCGAAACCACGCAAAAUUUCGCAACCGACAGGCGCAACUCGUCAUGACCAGAAUGCUACGUAUUUUUGACCUCAUUGCGCAGAAACACAACAUUGACUACUGGAUAUUUGGCGGUACUUUACUUGGUGCUGCAAGACAUCAUGGAUUUAUUCCGUGGGACUACGACAUAGACAUUGAAAUGCCUUUGGAAGAAUAUGUGAAAUUUUUCCAAGUCGCAGCAAAGGAUUUGCCGCCAGAUAUUUUCUUUCAGAACUCUAUAAGUGAUCCAGCGUUGAAUCCGGAUGACCCAAGUGGUUACUACAAGCAUGAAAUAGUUGGUAUCUACGAAGCAACUUGGAACCCAAGAUUACGAGAUAGAUAUAGUUGCUAUAAAUUCUGUAUGUCCUACGGAUGUACUUGGCAUGAUGGGCUCAUGAUUGACAUGUUCGUGUCGCCUCACAUGAACAGAUCUGCCGUCCCGCGUAGACGAAUAAGUUUCGAAGGUUUCACCUUUCCUGUGCAAAAUGACUGGGAGGAAUAUUUAAUAGAAAAUUUUGGCGAGAAGUACUUUGAAGUUCCAAUCGAUCAAGAACCGAAAGAAAGUCCAGACGUGUUCCAUGGAUGCGAGGAACUCAAAGGAAGUUCUUAGAAGAUCUCGCGAUAGCGUGAUUUCCUGGAGUGACUUGCAGAGAUGUAACACGAAACAUACUCCAUUAAGAAAAAUAACAAGCUGUAUCAAUUUCCACUCGCUUUUUUUAAUCAUUGCAAAAUUUUAAAAUCUAUGAAAUUAAAAAAAAUAAAGAACUGAAAGAAAAUAAAAAGAAACAAGGCAUCAAUAAACAAUAAUCGCAGAAUAGUUCUGUUUGUUUACUCAGUUAUCCUCUCUUUGUUUCGAUAUCUUUUAAUUAUCCACUUUGGUUUUUUAGUUAUGUUUGUCUUUUGUUGUUCUUCAGUCUUUGUAUCAGCAUUUGCUGCGAAGCAACCUUAGUUUUCUUUAGUAUAAAAUUAUUUUACUUUACGGUUCGAUUUAGAAUGGAUCUUUAUGACCCUUUAUUACUCUCACUGAGGCUGUUGAGGUUUCAUGGUUUUGAUGUUUUCUGUAUACCCCUCGCCUCGAAGAAGUACUGUAGCCCCUUCGUCGGUUUUAGAAGGACCUUUAUCUAGUUUGCUUCUUAUUACACUCGCUAACUGUUUCUUAGCGUAAUUGGAAAUUAUUCAGCCAAAAAUAAUCGUUUAUUUAAAAAGGAAAAUAGCCAAAUUAUGAAAUCAACCGCGAUUAAAGAUGUUAUGGCCGUGUUAGGACAGUCAUGACCAGUCCACACGCUUCUUACCUUCGCCCAUCGCCAGUUAGACAUAAUUACUAAGAAGGCCAAGUUUACUGACGUACAGCAGUGGAUAAGAGCAGCUGGCUAGUGACUCCACUAUUUGGUGAGGCUAUGUGGUGGAUUUUUUUUUCUUUUUCAGAUUUUAGAUUUGAUCGAGAUAUCAUCCAUCAAGAGGCCGUUUAUUUCCGGAGACCAACUCAGGGAUCUGAUUUCUUCACGUAGACUGGUAAGUAUAUUUUAAUCAAUAAUUUUCUUUUAAUUUGAUGUGACAUUUGUUUGUUCUUCGUAUUUCUCCGAGCUCGAUAACCUUUUUAGUGAAAUGAUUUCUUCUGAUCAUGUUUUCGCUGGGAUAGCCUCGAGCUUGUGUGGAAAAUCCAGAAUUCUUUGCUGUUGCUUGGGGUAUUUUAAGGUGAGUCAUCACCGCACAGGUUCUGCUUUGUUAUCGCCGUAAGCUUUAAUUUACAAAAGUAACAAUGUUAGAGCAUCAGGAGCCUUUAGUUGAGUGUUGCCGGUCAGAACCAAAUAAAUAUUACAAGAUUUUGCUGAGGACGCGAAUUAAAUAACUGUAAACGCCCGAAACAUUGUUUUUUCGAUGGUCGAUUGAAAGUUGCAGUAAUCAUCAAUAAACGAAGUAGACUGGGGCCAUCCGAAGUUGGUCCGAAUCGUUUAAUUUUCGAAUGGUUUUGUACGAUUACGAAAUAUUACAUCUAAUAUUACGGACGCUUUUGUCAAAUUUUGUAGGGAACGGUUAUUGAGAGAGACGAGCGGGACCUGUCUGAAAUAUGACGGAUUCGAAUGAAAGUAAACGGUUCUAAGUCGAACGUAAUCUUGCAGACGAGGAAAGAACCGCCUUUGCUUCUUCAAUUUCUUUUCUGAAGUUUAUUAUACUCAGUUUUGCUAAAUAACUCGACAGUUCCUCUUUCGACAAGACUUACUGGCGUUUUCCUUUCCUUACGUUCUCUACACAUUAUUUAGUUCAUUUCUUGCUCGCUCUGGAGGAAGCGCACAAGUAGCAAAGCUGUUGUCAGUAUUUGGGCAAAUAUGUGUCGAGGAAUGCCGCCAGCAGGUGCGUGACGAAAUCAAACAGGCCGAGCGCACACGUACGUACGUACUAUACACUGAAUGAUGUGUUCGUGCAAAUAAAUACAUUUCUUCUAAAUCCGCAUCCUGUUAGAUUUCCCGACGAAAAAAGGUGAAAAACGUCACAUCGCUAGAUCUAUGCCGUGCUGAUGUUUUAAAGAAGUCCACAACUAUGUCAACUCUAUGGAAGAGAUUCCGUCUCAGUUCAUGCAGAGGUUACCGACGACUCUGGUUUUCGUUUUUUUUAAUUUUUUAACGAAGUUUAAUUUAAAAGUUCAACUUCGUUAUUCCACCUGACUUUUCUCUUUCUAGGUUCUCUCGACGUUUUCAGAAAUCUUUCCCGACUUUUGUCAGCCGCUUGUGCGGAAACUGGCUUUUCGCCCGCGCGGUGAGUAUAAAGUCCUUUAUUUAACCCUUUUAUUCCCAGGAGUGACCAAGACAUAAUUUCUCCCUCCACUUUCAACAUCAUAUCAAGUACACCAGUGAUGAGAAUACAGAAAAAUAUCAAAGGAGGGGAUUAUUUUUUAAUCCAAUGCCAAAUUCUCAGAGCUAUUAGGAGAAUUCCUAAUUGAAAUUCUGGGAUUGGAAGGGCUAAAGCGUACUUUUGUAACCAUGAAAGAAAAAUCCACAGAAAAUUAUAAUAUUAAGAAAAAAAAAUAAUUAAUGGUCUCUUACCGAAAAGUUUUAACCCCCUCCCAACUUAACCCCAGCCCCAAGUCUUCAACAACGUUUGAAUCACAGUGAAGCUAAGCACCUUACACAACCUGGUUUCUCUUGAGAAUUUUAAGGGACGUCAGACUCGCAUACACAACGAAUAUUGUGGUUCACUCUUUCAGAGAAUGAUAUGUAAAUCGAAUCACUCAAGCCUAGUAUUCAGCUGUGUCCUGUGUUUACUUUAGAUGCAGCAGAUGAGGAAUCUGUCCUGACGAAUUUGCAAAAUAUUCAUCUCGAACUGGAAGAACUAACACGGAAAUUGUCACCAAGGUGUGUAGACAUUUGUGGUCUUGCCAUUAGUAUCAUUUGAUUAUUUGCCAUUGCUUGAUAGAACACAACACAAACAAAAUCCCUGAUAUUGUCAGAAUGUUUUGAUGUACCUUUAAAGUUACUUUUUGUAAUACAGAGGGUUUGUUUCUCAAAAGUCCCGGUAUCUUUACUUGGGCCUAAAGCUUUGUUUGAAAAUCUUUGUCUGUAGAAUAUGAUGUUUGGUGAACAUCCUCUGGAAAAACAAUUUGUUUUGAAGGAGUUACGUUUGAACUGUGGCGUGGUGAAUUACCUUCAACUUGAUGGAUAUUACAAAAUAGCAGCUAAUUUUUUUCAUUUCAAAUUUUAUUCGGUUUAUUUGUAUUCGGUUCUUCGUUUUCAGGCUUCUUACAUGCAUAUUUUUUAACAAUAUUCAAACUAACUGUCUAUGAAAAGAACUUAGCGCCCUUUCUUCGUCCUGUUUAUUUCAUUUUCAUCAACCUACAUGCUCUCUCUUCGAUUAUUUUUCUAAGAAGACGCCAAGACGCCUAUUGAUUUUAGAUAAAGUAAUUAAUAUGAAGAGUUGGCUCAGUGGAUUUAAAAGAUUAAGUUGCUUAGCCUCUGAGUGGCUUUCACUGAAAGACUUCGGCUUUUGUAAUCAGGUGUAUGUGUCAACCAAAACACGGUCAUUUUCGUCUAUAAACAACUUAAUAGGAGAAGGAAAAUCUAUUUAAAGUUUCUGACACUUCGGUUCAGGGAUUAUGAUACCAAGUUGACCAUCAGCUCGUUAUUCAAUCUAUGGGAAAUUUGCGGUAUACAUUAUUUAAACAUAUCCACUGGUUCCAUCAGUAGUUAAAAACUUGAUAGAUUCCUGCGAAUUGUUAUCGCGAUUAGUUUAUCUCCUAAAAAUGGAUAUCUUGAUCUUGAAUUUGUAGAAUCUUGCAAAGGCAAGUCAGGGAGACUCGUCUCUUAUAUUCAAGUCAUAUUCGCAUAUCCGGUCGACUAUUUUUUCCAAAUACAUAGUGAUUAUUUACAUUAUUUGAGACUACGAUUCAGCAUUUGAUUGGAGGCGGAGACGUGAUAGUGAUCCAAAUGCAAACGAUCAUCAUGUACAGCUUAAAUAAAUCAGCAUUAAAAUUUCUGCUCUUAUUAACGAGGGCGUGAUCUUAACAGCUAUAUCACCACAGCCAUAAAAGGUUUGAGUACUGCAUGCAAAUUUCGUUGGAUAAUUUUUCAAGAUAUGUGGGAAACCUUUAACUUUGCAAGUUGAGUACUCGAGUGUCGUUUAUCAGUUGACCCCUCGUGUACAGAGAUCAAGUUUAAAAAGCAGAAACCAGAUCGUUGUAGUCGUUCUCCAUUAGAGAUGUCUCCAUCAAGCGCGGAACAAUCAAAGGAAACAUGAACGAGAGUAGUUUGACUUCAACAGCUGAUGCGUGGAGUGACCUGACCACGCCAACUAUGAAAUGGGUUUUUCGAGGCCUUUUCUCAACAAUCCUAUUUCUUGGUUUGGUUGGAAAUGGCGCAGUAUGCUCAGCCAUCGUUCUAAAGCAGAGAUUGCGAACGACGGCGAAUAUGUUGGUGUUAAACCUUGCUGCGGCUGAUUUCGUAUUUGUGGCGCUUUACGCCCCGACACAACUCUCCUUUUUCGAGAACAACUACAGCUGGGAGAUGGGUGACGGUGUUUGUAAGCUCACAUACACAGUCUUACCAGCAUGCCUUUGCGCUACCGUGGAAACUCUUUUAUGUAUUGCGGUGAUACGUUACAAAGCUGUGGCUAGUCCAUUUCGUUUGCGCAUCGGAAUGACUUUUAAAACAACAGCAAUGGUGAUAUCUGUCAUAUGGCUGACCUCUUUGUUAACAGGCCUACCAGUUCUUCUUUUGGCGAAGACUGUACAGUACCAAGACAGGGUAUUCUGUGACGAAAUCUGGCCAGUUGGCAAGCCUUACCGUGAAGUUUACUGGGUUUUUAUAUUUCUUAUCCAGUACGCCAUUCCAUUGUUGGCUAUCAUUCUUUUAUCCAUUGCUACAAUCGUAAAAGUGAAACAGAGUCGCGCUCGUGUAAUACCAAGUGCUCCGUCCAUCAACAACGAAGCAAAUUCAGUUUCCCAUGUCUUACAAGCUAGCGUGAGGCAAAGACAAAGGAGAGAGAUCAACAUGUCAAAGAUGUUGACAGGUUUGGUCAUCCUGUACGCAAUCUGUAUGCUUCCUCAGCACGUUGUGUUUUUUUGGCUUACGUACGGCAACUUGAAACAGCAGGAGUACUCGCUGUACAUUUUCACUAUCGCUAAUAUGUUUCCGAUCGCUAACAGUGCGUUAAACCCUCUUAUAUACGGCAGUUUACAUAAAGAGUUGAAAAGUGGCUUUAAAAACUGCAUUAAGUGUUCAUAAUUGAAGAGUUCUUGUCAAACGCCGAGUGAUUUUUUCAGAGCUCUCAAUCUAUAUAGGAGCUUUUACCUUAUCAAUAUUAACAGCAUUAAUCGUAUUCAUGUCAAGUGGUGCUUAGGUCUCAAAACGAUUAUGCAGUCAAUUUUUUUCCAGUACUCUUGACUCCAAACAAAGGGAAAAGCCUUCCGUACUUUUCUUCAGGAAAAACUUAAAGCAUCGCAGAAGUAGAUUUUACAUUUUUUUAAGUAAGCAUUUAAAAAAACUGCGUCGGAAAAUUUUUUUCACCCCUAUGUACUUCGCUAUUGAGUGACUGUUUGCAGCCUGGGAACCGAACAUCCUGUUCACUUUGUAAAGUACAUAAAAUGUAAUGAUAAAUGUCAAAUCGAAAGUCAUUAUGCCAAGUUUUCUGUAAGGAUUCUACGUUACGGACGGUGAGAAAAGAAAUUCAUUUAUUUGUUUUGCUCGACCCCAUUCUAUAGUCAAGAGUUAAAUCGGUUGACUGCAUUUCCAAUAUUAUCUUAAAACCUUAAAAUUGAUAAAAAUGAAUGCAAUAGGAUGGCCGCUAAGUAGCGGUAAAUUAAGAAAGAAAUGGUGAUUAUGGCAAAGGUUUUAAUCAAGGUUUUUAAAAAUUCAAAAUAUAACCAGAAAGAGAACGCGAAAAGUUGAGCUAAGGUCGCCAAAGGGGGGUCAACACAAUGAAAGUGCAAUGCCAGUUCUCAUGUCAAACGGUGUAAGUCUUCUCUUCCUUUAGUGUUAAUAAUGCCUACGUUAAAAAUCGUAAGACGACUGAAUUGAAUUAUCUUAAAACAUGAACAACCUUACUGAAGUCAGUGUUGGACUGAAACAAACAAAUGACAAUGAACGUCUGCAAUGAACCUCGCGAUCCUAGCACCCUGACCAAUAAAGAUUAAAUAUGAAAGGUUAACGUUGUUCGAUUAAAAAAAGUUAAAGAUGAAAUAAAUAAUCUGACAGUCAAAAGAGUAAAGGAGUUAAGUUUCUGAAGAAACUGUGGCGCAACGUCGGUGGUGGAUAUUGCAAGAGAAUAUGGUUUUAUCAACUGAGUUGAUAAUGUAAAUUGGCCCUCGUAAAGAGCUUCUAAAGCUGACGUUUCGAAUGCUAACAUGUCGUCAGAGCGAGAGUCAAAAGGUAGUUUUUUUUACAGUCAAAAGGAAGCUUGUCUUUUUUUUACCUUUUUUUUUUUUUUUUUUUCACUGAAGAAGAACAGUAAUAACUAUCCAAACCCCACUAUAAAUUUCGUUUCAAGAUUUAAAUUUAUCGCUUAAAAUGUAUAUUCAAUGAAAACACUUUCAUUUUUGAGAAAACGAAAAAACAUUAGUAUUUCCCAUAAAUUAUAACUGGCGACGGAAGCAAAAAGAGCUGUCAGAAGUGAAAUGAAUGAAAAGUCCGUGGGUUCAAAUUGGGAGAUUAUUUUAUUAUCGUUAGAAACACGCCAAUAUUAAUUUAAGUAAAAAUUUGAUUUCUAGUUGCUUGAAUCAGCCCCAUCUGAACAAUGAGGGGGGGAACGGCGCUCUCAGCUUUGAAGUUGUAAUCUUCGUCUAUCCUUUUAAAUUCAUACUUUCCCACGAAAUGAGACCUUGGUUACCGGCCUUCUAGGUGUUUGUCUUCCUUAAUUACGAAGGAACGAUCCAGUGCAAUCUUUGUAAGUGAUAUGUUUUGGUAAUUAAAAAAAUUGAAGUCGAUGCGAGGAGCAUUCGUUUGAUAAAAGCCUUAUAUAAUAGUAAGUGUAAAGAUAAACUUGAAUCAAAACUUUUCGAUGCUUGGCUUCCUUACGUUAAGUGACCACUGAGGAAUUUUUGUGUUAUUCAUUAUUGCUAUUAAUAUUGGUAAUAGGACUGAAUGUAGUCCAAUUCAGCCAGUAAUCAUACGAGUGAUUAACAAAAUCGGACAACCGCGAAGCGGAAGUCCGAUUUGUCAAUCACGAGUAUGAUUACAUACAGAGUUAUCUACACGAAGUCGUGUUACCAAUUAAUCAAAACUAGACAUCGGUUAUACGUUUUCGUAAGACAAAAAAAAAAACAACAUUGAACUCGGCGAAAUGCGCGACAACAGUGUGCACACAUGACGCGCACUGUCCAUAUUUCUUUACUUCAUAUUUAUCACUUUGAUGAGAGAUUUCGUCUCUCGAGUCCAUUUAAGAGGUGAAAAUAACAUUUUAACCAUCGACAAAAUCUAUUUUUUGGUUCCAAAAAAAAGAAGAAUAAAAAAAGAAUAACGUCCUUUUAUAACGGGCUCGUUUGAUACAUAGGGGGGUGCCUUUGGUCAAACGUUUGUUUAGGUAAUGUACGCCCGGGUGCAAACUCGUGUUACUCUUGGAGAGCAGCAAUUCCAUCAAUAAAUCCACUGUUAUAGCAAAUUAUGUGAUGUGAGUUAAAUACUCUAUUUUUGUAUUUUCAGUGAGUUGUUCAAUGUCUGGAAAAUACUUUGGUGUUUUCCCUCGUGGGAAAGGGAAGCAUUGCGAAAGCUGCUUUUGAGAUCGAGUAAAGAGGAGGUAAGAUAUUAUGUUCAUCUAAGUAUGUGUGUGUUGGGAAGAAAAAACAAAACGAUUUUUUUCUCGUUGGACAGAUAUUGAAUUGUUGUGUCAACAUUUUUUGCUGGUUUCAUGUUCCACCUUUGUCGGACAAGCAUUCUUCGUUAAAGGUAAGCAAAGGAAAUCGUGUCAGAGUAAUAUACUUGUUGUUAAUUUAUUGUACUAAAAAAGGUCACAAUAUGUAGACAAAUGUAAGGAUUUAAAAGAACGCAAAGUACCUUUUUCCUAUAUGUGUCUAAUAGGGGACGGCGAAGCAGGUAAAGUAGGGUUAAUUCAACCUUUUUAUGCAGCCCAGAUCACGUGAAGGGCACCAACCACUGUCACAUGUUGCUCGACCACCUAAUAUACUUUUUGUCCCCCUCCCCUCCCCCCCAUUUUUCUCAAAAUCCCCAUUGAAAUUCAAUGAGUGAUACCGUCAUUUAAAGAGGAGGACUAUUGUCUAACAAUUAUUCACGCAGCUAAACUCUUUUUUUUUUUUUUUCCAGCGUUACACUUAGUAUUUCAGGGCUUCUUUAGCUUGUCUUUUUUUUUCAGGAAGCUGUAAGAGAAAUUGUUUAUCCUAUGCGUCUACUCAAGUCAAAGACCAGGCUUCAGUUUGCAGAUAUUCUGUAUAUUUUGUCAACAUGCCCUGUAUUACGUGCCUCGGAGGCGUCCAUUUUGUUGAGUAAGCUGUUAUUGGUCUUCCUAUGUGAUGCGUUGGGUGGCCAUUUAGUGUUUACUGAGGUAGUAAAAUUGGUAAGUGAGUCAUAGUCUUGAUACUGAAAAACUUCAGUCGUAAAAAAAUUUCCGUAAAAUACUAUUUCCCAAUAGAACUGAAUUUCCCAAAAUUGCCGUUGGCAGCAAUUUGCAAAAGAUCAAAGUUUGAACCAAUUGUCAAUAACAAUACUUGGAAAGAGCAAUGACCAAUUUCAAAAUUCAAUCUGUAUCGAUAAAGUAUGGCAAAGUUUAGAAUGUUCUUCUCCGUUUUCGUUUCAGUUCCUGCCGGAAGGUACCGCUCUGAUACGUUUGUCAUUUGUGAUAGACAGUUUGGAAAAUAUUUUUGAUGGAGAGGAAUCUGUUUCCUCAACUGAACAGAAGAAAGCUCGACUCUUAUUUGUCCAGGAAAUAAAAUGUUUAUCUGACGAGGCUAAAAGGGAGUCUCUAGUGGCGACCUUAACUGAGUCAGAGUCCAUGACCCAAACUGAAGAACUACUAACUAGAACCAAAACACUUAUAACUGUGUUGCAAACAGACCACAUUUAG